GUGCGUGUAUUGUGGCUGUAGCUCUGGUCGGGCAGCAGGAGCAGGAGGCAGAAUCCAGCAGCUCUGUGCUUUAAAGCACUAUUUAUUUAACCUAAAAACAGCGUUUAAAAGCUAAAACCGCUGGAUUUAAGCUAAAACUAAGCGUUUAUUCGCUUUUUACCUUUAAUCUGCUGAAGAACUGGUCUGUCAGCGUUGUUUUGGCUUUGAGUUCAUGCUUUAAGAAGUGCCUGUGCUGCACUGUAUUCUUAUUUUUCGUGUUUUAAGGAGAUUUUAACGUGUUUUUUUUGCACUAAUCCAGCAUAUAUGCUUUAUAUAUAAGCAGGAUUCCCUUUAUAAAGAAGAUAUACAGGAGCUAGCUGGCUGGCUCUGUAGCAGCAACAAGAAAAGGGACGUGUUUUUCCAUAUUCUGAUUUUAUUUUUAGAUUUUUUGGACGUUUUAUAGUGGGAUUCAGGCUGUAAAAUCACUGUUUUGGAGAGUUGGACUGUUUUUUUCUUUGGGAACACUUUUUUUUGGACGUUUUGCACUACAUUAAAGGAGGCACAUCUACAUUUUCUUUCAUUUUCCUGCCUUUUUCCAACAGAAAACCAUAAAAAAAAUCAAUUUAUCAAUUUUUUUAAUCAAUUUUAUUUCUUGUAUUUGUAUUUCUGCAGCUUCUGCUCCUAAGAAAGCUGGAAUAUCUUUUGUUUUUAUCCAGCAGAACUGCAGCCCACACGAAGAACACAAGAAAAACAACAGCUAGACUCUGCUUUUUUAUUAUUUUUUAACAUUUUUUAAGGACACAAUCUGACCUGGAGUGUCACACAGCUCUAUAUACAUCAUAUAUACAUUUUUAUCAUUUUUAAUUCCUGUGUUAUUGUUGAAAAUGGCUGCCAUUGGUUUGGUGCAGAUGUUGAUCGAAGCUGCUGAGUAUCUGGAUCGAAGGGAAAGAGAAGCCGAGCAUGGGUACGCCUCAAUGUUACCAUUCACCAGCCAUAAAGACCGGGACGGGUCCAAGCGGAAAAAUAAAAGCAAGAAAAACUGCAGCAGCAGGUCCACACACAAUGAAAUGGAGAAGAACAGACGAGCACAUUUAAGACUAUGUUUGGAGCGUUUAAAAUCGCUGGUGCCGCUGGGACCAGACUCCAACAGGCACACCACCCUUAGCCUACUAAUGAAGGCCAAGGAACACAUUAAGAGGUUGGAGGACAGUGAGAGGAAGGCACAGCACACAAUAGAUCACCUGCAGCGUGAGCAGAGGCACCUGCGCAGACGGCUGGAGCAGCUGGGGGUGGAGCGCACACGCAUGGACAGCACAGGCUCCACCCUCUCCUCCGACAAAUCCGACUCUGACCAAGAAGAGCUGGACGUGGACGUGGACGUGGAGGGUACGGACUACCUGCUGGGUGAUCUGGAGUGGAGCACCAGCAGUGUGAGCGACUCAGACGAGCGAGGAAGUCUGCGGAGCAGCUGCAGCGACGAGGGCUACUCCAGCGCCAGCCUCCGCCGCCUCGCCACCACUCAGGAGAAGACCCCAACGCUGACCUGCAGUCUAUAAGAGCACAUCUACCUACCCACCCAGCCAACCUCCAACCCCUCACCUGACCUCCUGCUCACCUGCCCCACAUCCCAACAUUCACUGCACUACACUCAGCUCCCGGCCUCCCCCAGCCAGCUCCUGGUCCAGAACCUGGUUCCGUAUGCCUUCAGGGUCUUGUCUGGGAUCGGAUGGGUGAAUCCAGAACUGAUCUUGGGUCACCAUUAAAGAUCAGAUCCUGUUAGAUCCAAUCAGAAAUGCAGAAAUUGGGGUUUUCUGCACUGAUUUGAAUCCUGCCGACUACGCCAAUUUUGUGUACUGGUUGCUAACUUUGUAUUUAUUGCAAUUUAUUGAUGUUUUAACAACGUAAAUCCCAACACCUGAAUAGUAUUAACAAUUAAUUAAAUAUUCAAUGCUCUUUAAAGGGUUUCAAUUGUAUUGAUAUGCUAUUAUUUUAGCAUUAUCAAUCAAUCAACCAAUCAACCUUUAUUUCUACUCAGUAAAUACAUUGUGAGGGUGACCCUCAUUUUCAAUGCAGCCGAGCAUUAAAGGGAUUGAAAAUUAUAAGUUUAAAUGCUAAAAACAAGCAAACAAUGUAAGAUUUAAGUAGGAGAAAAUAAAAUAAUUAAAAUGAAAGGAUAUGCAAACAGGCAAAAAAGUGGAGCAAUAAGAAAAAGAGAUAAAUAUAUAGAAUAAAAAAAAAAAUAUAUAUAUAUAUAUAUUAUAAACGCAACACAGGACUAAAAUAACCACAGUUAUAAAAAACGAAACGAUGGAACUCAAAUAAAUAAUAGUAAUUAGGUACAUUGCAUCAGUGGAAUAAAAUGCAAAAAAAAAAAAAAGGUAUUGAAAUGACAAUAAUAUUGUUUAUUUCUCAAUAAUUCUGGGAUUUAAUAACAUCCAAUCAACAAUAGUUAUGUUGACAGGCCUAAAGAACAUGAAUUCACAAAAAUUUGCGUAGUCGGCAGGAUUUGUGUCUCAUUGGAUUUCUGGAUUACUGGAAGUAAGAACACUGAUCUGGCUUCAGUUUUUGCACCAGAGAAGUUGUGUCUAGGUCAGUGAUCUUACACUGAGAUGAUACUCUAAAAAGGGGUAUCCAGUCUUAUCCACGAAGGGCUAGCGUAGCUGUUGGUUUUCAUUUCAGCCAAGCAGGAAUCGGGUUUUAAGUCGUCCAAUGAACAAUGGUGCAGCCAGUAUGAUCCCGGUUUGGAUCGGCGGUUUAAAUCCCGUAUCAUGCUGCUCUUCCAUCAGCAGCCAGAGUCUGAGAGAGUACAAUAGUAGAUAGUAGUGUUUCUAUCUGGGUGGGAGGUACAGUCUGUGACGCACUCUUGCCUCAUCACUCCCCAUCCCAAGUGCUUUCCCCCGAGUGCACUGUUGCAUUGGUGACGUUUGGGAAAAAAAGAGGCGGAGUCUGACUUUGCAUGUAUCGGAGGAGGAAUGCACCGGUCCUCACUCAACCUCAAUUGGUUAAUUGACCUUCCAAAUUGGGAAAUUAGGGGAAAAAAUGGGGUAAUGUUUGUUUAAAAUGAAAAAAUGAAAACCUGCAGCCACUCUGAGCCUUUUGCGGAUAGGAUUGUACACUAAAGCUGUUUUACAGCAUAUGAGACCAAGCCUUUAAGAGAUUUUAAGAGAUUUAAAGAGAUUUUAAUGAGGGAACCAAGACUAGAAGGCUACAAGCAGCAGGACUUCUUCAGAUUGUGGUCUACUCUACACAAGUUGUUGUUCUUUAGACCUCCUGUAGUUGAGUAGCGGAAGUUCGAAGACCAGAAAUCAACCCGAGGAGGACCGGAGAGAGCGAGGGCACUGAACCCAACCCACCGUUUCACAGUUUCUGCCAGCCACGCCUCGUAUGCCCAGCACAGACUCAGCACAGACAAUCUGUGACGCCAGUCAAAACCACUUUUAUCGCCGUUUAUCGCUGCGCCACUCUGCACCGUCCAAUCAGCAGCAGAGAUAGCAGCAGCAUAAGAACCUAAUAAGGACCUAUUUGCCCUGUCCUUACCUGCUGUCAUCCAAUCAGAUCCUUCACUUGCUCCUCCACCUCACCAUCGUCCGUCCUUCAUCCUUCGUCCUCCGUCUUGCGUCGGAGAGAGAGAGGCUACAGGCUGUAUGUGGGCUGUCGGAGAUAAGAGGUUUGCCCAUCGCUCUUAUAAAGGCUCUAAAAGAGCUGGACCUUUUGAACACCCUUUGAAAGUGGUGUGUAUCAUACCAGAGAAUGUGUAUCAUACCACGCACCCACUGCCUACUCGACUUCUCUCUGGGCCAAUCGUACGCCGUCCUUCCGUCCGUUCGCCGUCCGUCUGUCUGUCAGUCGCCGCCUUGCAUUUCCACCUCCAUCCAGACUGUGGACCUUCCUGACACAGGGCUAGGUCACCUGACCGGUCAGCUGACCUAUCAGAGCAUGGAACUUUGCACUUCGGAGUAACCUGUUGGUGCGAGCUGCCUCUUGCACUCGGAUCUCAGAUCUGAGAGCAGUACGUAUCGUUGUACGGCUGUAUCGCUUUACACUGUCGGUGUCAUCAAACUGUUCUGAGAUCAGCGAGGGAAGGGCUGCUUCUACCACAUAAGAGCUCAGCAGGAACAUUUUCGGGUCAAAAACAGACAAAAAAAAAAAACGAUUAAUCAAUCAAUCAAUCAAUCAACCAACCAAUCAACAAAAGAAAAAACGAAGAAACAAAAAAAAAAGGUGUGCGAUCAUGUCAUCGUUACCAUUAUCGUUGGCGUUAACGUCAUUGUUGUUGGAUUAAUUUCUCUUUUUCUAUAUCUUUUGUUGGUUUUAUUUUAUUUCUCUCCUCUUCAGAGGGACCGCAGCUACUCUUUACUAGUUAUCACAUGUAUCAGGUGUAGUCUUUUAGCUUUAGUCUUAAAGAAAUACCUUCCUGCACUGUCCAACAUCCACCCCCAACCACUCACUGUACUGGGAGCCAUGGGAGGAACACUUUCUGGUGCGACAUGUGAUGUCAUCUGAAGCGACUACUACUACUACAACUACUAUUACAACUAUUAUUACUACUACUACUACUACUACUACUACUACAGUUCCCAUUCGCAAAAAAAAAUGUGAUUUCCUGUUUAUACACCCAGGCAACAUGCAAGGUGGUUCUUAAUAUGGCUAUUAGGGAUGCAUCGAUAUGGGAAGACGAUCCGAUAUUAUUAUUUAUAAAUUUUUUGCCAUAUGCAUCUGCCGAUACUGAUACCAACAUUUAUGAAGUUAUAAAAGUUGGGUUUUCUGCAUAAAAUCAGCAUUAAAUUAAGAGUUCCUGGAAAAGUGCAAUAAGUACUGUAUUGGUUAUCGGUCAGUAUGAUAUAUCAAUGGUAUUAUCUCAAUUAUCACCCAGCCAUGAAUAGCCUACUUCUACUAGAGUUCCCCUCUCUCAAAAAAGGUGAUUUCCUGUUUAUACACCCAUGCAACAUGCAAGCUGUUUUACUAACAGCUAUUAGGGAUGCACCGAUAUGGGAAGCCGAUCCGAUAUUUUUUCUUUUGCCGUAUGUAUCUGCCGAUACUGAUACCAAAAUUUAUACAAUGAUAAAAGUUAAAUAAAAGCAGCAUUAAAUUAAGAGUUUCUUUAAAAGUGCAUUAAGUACUGUAUUGGUUAUCAGUUUUAAAAUAUCGGUCAGUGCGAUAAUUGAUUAUUGGGUGAUAAUAUCGAUAUGCAUCCCUAGUUGCCAAGCCAUGAAAUUGAAUUAUUGGACUGGUUACACUGUUCAAUUCAGUUGAGUUAUUGAGGACCGUAAUCCAGCACAGCUUACUGAUUGUAGCUGCUCAAACACUCAAAAACCCGAUUACCAAAAAAAGGUGCUUCAAAUGGUUCUUUAGUUCUUUAAACACGGGGUAGAACCUUCCCAGGUCAUUAAAGUUGCUGUUAAUCUAUGGCUGUAUCGCUCCUAGAA